AAAUGUGAAAAGGAAGGAAAAUGAAAGAAAGUUUAAAGAUUUUCUCUUCCCCUGUUUGGUUGGAGAGGAAAGGAGAGGCAAAAUGGUUAAAUAGAGUUCUAAGAAUAAUAAAAAAAAUUCCCCUCAUUUUCCUUCUUACUAAUUAUUUUUUCUCCUCUUUCCUUUUCCUUCCACAAGUUCCAAACAGAGCCUACAGCCGCCUCCGCCAAUCCCCCCGGGUGAGACUGUCAAUGCGAGAAGUGGGGGUUAGGCGUAAGGAGGGGCGGCUUUAACCCCACUUUAUAUACCUUCGGCCACGGCCGCCAAUCCACAGGCUCCUCGUUGAAAAACUGAGCCACAAGCCACCGCCUGCAGCCCCAUCCUCCCCUUAUCGCCACAUAUGUUCAAUUGCAGUCCCAAUUUCAGAACCCUUCCUAUUCCAGAAUCAAUUGCAAUCACCAGGUGCUACUUGUGUUUAUAUGCGUCCGUAUUUACAAUUUCUGAUAACUCACGGGUCCAAGCCAGCUUCCGCGCCUUGCAUAAUAGCAAUCCCACUGUCAACUAGCGGUCUCGAAUUGAAGCCGGAGCAAAGCUCCCUUUAUGAAGCGGGCCAAAGCGUUGAUAGCACCUGGGAUGUUUCGAACUUGGGAAGGAGCGGACUGGAGCAAGCCCAAGUCUCAGGCUUGACCGGCUUGAACAACGGGCCAACCCAUGGGGAUGAAGGAUGCAGUGCCGUAUCUGGGUAUGGUUGGUGUGCAGUUUAUACAGGUGGGGCUGAUUGUUGCGAUCAAGGAAGCCACUUCAAGUGGAAUGACCAAAUUCACCUUCGUCUCUUACUACAAUGCUCUCUCCUCCCUCAUUCUUCUUCCUACAUCCUUUCUCAUUCACAGAUCAACUCGGCCCCCAAUCACUUUCUCACUCCUCUGCAAAUUUUUCUUGCUUGCCGUGUUUGGUUGCAUAGCAAAUGUAACUGGUAAUGCUGCAAUUGAGAUCACUCCAGCAUCAUUUACGUCGGCGAUUCUCAACCUGGUCCCAGGUUUUACAUUCAUACUUGCUGUCAUUUUCAGGAUGGAAGUAGUUCAUUAUAGAAGCUCAAGUACCCAGGCUAAAUCCAUUGGAACUCUAGUUUUAAUUGUUGGGGCUCUCGUUGUGACUCUCUACAAGGGGCCUUCACUUCUGACGAAGCCCUCACAUCGAAACAUCUCCCAACGAUUUCGGAUUCAACAAGAGACAAAUCUGAUCACUGGAGGGGUGCUCCUUGUUAUAGAUUGUCUGGCUUCUUCAGCGUUUACUAUUGCACAGGCAUUGCUCCUUAAGGAAUGUAAUGCAGAGCUGAUUAUAGUCUUCUUCUACUGCUUCUUUGUGGCCAUUAUGUGUGCAAUUUUGUCUUUGGUUUUUGAUCGAGACUUAGCUGCUUGGAGCUUACGACCUCCGGUUAGGAUGCUUGCUGUUCUUUACGCUGGAUUCAUUGGUUCUGCAGCCCAAGUAAGCAUUGGUAUAUGGUGUCUGAAGAAGAGGGGGCCUCUCUUUGUUGCUGUAUUUCACCCCUUAGGGAUUAUCAUUUCAGCUGCAGUGGGCAUCCUCUUCUUAGGUGAUAUCAUGUAUUUGGGAAGUUUGGUGGGAUCAAUUAUUAUUGUCGCAGGAUUUUACUCUGUUAUGUGGGGAAAAGCCAAUGAACGGAAAGUGUUCGAGGACGAGGUAAGCAGCUUGGAUGAAUCAACCAGUGAAGAGGCCCCUCUCUUGCAAAAACAUUAAGAAGACACAAUUUUAGUGUACUCCCAAAGAAUGCAGUUUGAUCGUCAUUUUUAGUGAUUCUUUGUAUUUGUAUUUAAUUGAGGUCAAGUUUGUUAUGAAUUAGCUUUUGCAAAGAAUGGACAGGGGCGUCCCUGAAACUUAAGUGACAUGGGGAGAUUGGACGUUCUAUAAGUCGUGCACUUGGGACAAUUAAAGUUUUGGUCUAUUGAGCUUUUGCAUGAAGAAAAAUUGUCCAUUUCCUGGACUUAAAUUCAAUUAGUU